AUAAAAAAAAAGGAAGAAAUUAUAAGUGAGAAAGUUGGUAAAUGUAACUGCACAUUUAUAGAACCUUUUGUGAAUAUAGCAAAGUAAAGGAAGAACACAACACAACACAACCAUAAUUUGCGUGUCGUCGUCGUCUUCUUCACACACAACGAUGCACUCUUAGUUAGGCUGAAUGCGUUCUACUUUAUUUUGUCGAUCGCUUUCCCUUCUCAGCUUCGCUUUGGUUACUAACGAAAUCUAAAGCUAGUUCGCACAAGGUUUAUUGGAAUCUUUAUUGGUCAUUAAUUGAUGAAUUCACAGUUAGUGGUUGACUUGAAUAACAAGAUGAGUAAUCCAUAUGCUGGAAACCCUGCAGACGCAACUGUCAUGGGAUAUGAAAUUUUGAAGACAUCUGAUUCUUCUGGUUACAAUAAUGUAUUCGCUUUGAAUGAAGAUGAGGCACAUGAUCCACCCGAGGUUCCUCCACAUUUGCAACACAGCUUGAUUGGCUAUCCUGCUAAUGUCGAUGCUUCUGGUUCUCUUCCAUUGCCUUCGAACGCAAUUCUGAAUCAUCUUUAUAUUGAGAAUAGAGAGCCUCAAAGAUCUGUGGUUGCUUUGGGAUUCACUCAUCGCUUUCGUUCCAAAUAUGUUACCGUAGUGCUCUACAAACCGGUUCAAAGAAGGGGAACCACAAACAUUUGAUGUGAAUAUUAUAUCUAAAAUCAAAGAAGGGGAACCAAAAACAUUUGAUGUGCAUAUUAUGAACGUUUCAUUGCUGCUGGGUUGUAAUGAUUUAUUGUGUAGACUUGUGAUAUCUAAAUUAGAAGGAAGUGACAUUUAUGGGACUUCAAAAUGUUUUUUUUCCUUAACUUAGCAGCAUAUUUAUCUGUUUAAAUGUUAUUAAUGGUUGCACGAAUUAUAAGUGAGUUGUUUUGUUAUACUUUCUCAGUUGUUUAUAGUUAUAUUUUCUCCAAAGCAGUGUUUC